UGACGUCCAAGUUCCACGACGCGGCCUACUUCGGCGAGGGCGCGAAGCGGCGCGACGCGUACACGGAGGAGGAGUUCGAGAUCCAGGCGGUGGCGUGCGGGCUCGACGUCGACCGCUGCGUCUUCGUCGAGUGCAUGCUCGGCGACGCGGUCGCCGAGGCGUCCUGGGCGCUGGAGCGCUGCCGGAGCCACGACAGCAAGAUCGGCGCGGUCGUCGCGCACGCGCCGGCGCCCGACGGCGGCGACGCCGUCGAGGAGUUCCUCCGGCGGCUCCCGGGCUGCGACGCGCACCGCAAGCCCGCGGGUCUGGCGGGGGGGCGCGUCGUGCUCCUGGGCGACCCCAUGCCCCACAAGUUCGCCUGCCUCGACCCGCUCUACGGCGAGGGCCUCGGCGCGCUCCACGCGCGGGGCCUCCACUGGGAGUGGUGCUGCCGGCCCGAGUCGCUGCCGGCCGUCGCGACGCAGAGCUCCCGGUUCCCGGACAUGACGUUCGUGCUGGACCACUGCGGCCACAACGCGGGCGGCGACGACUUCAAGACGUGGUCGCGCGACGUCGCCGCGCUCGCGGACCGGUGCCCGAACAUCCUCUGCAAGCUCGGCGCUUCCGAGGAGUGGGGGCUCCAGUCGGAGAAGCCGGGCCAGUUCAUCAAGCACGCCAUCAGCGUCUUCGGCGCGGACCGCUGCCUCUACGAGUCCAACUUCUUCGUCGGCCACGCGGCCCACGGCCUCGCCUACGACCACGCCGCGCGCCUCACCUACGACGCCCUCGCGGGGGAGCAGCCGGGCUGCUGCGACGACGAGGACGCCGUCGCCCUCGUCUUCGCGGGCAACGCGAAGCGCGUCUACGGCCUCGGCCACUAACAUGGUGCCCUGC